AUGUCUUCUCCAAACCCAAAGGCUUUCCCAUUAGCUGAUGCUGCACUAACCCAACAAAUCUUGGAUGUUGUUCAACAAGCUGCAAAUUUGAGACAAUUGAAGAAGGGUGCCAACGAAGCUACCAAGACUUUGAAUCGUGGUAUCUCUGAAUUCAUCAUCAUGGCCGCUGACUGUGAACCUAUUGAAAUCUUAUUGCAUUUGCCAUUACUAUGUGAAGACAAGAACGUUCCAUACGUCUUUGUCCCAUCUAGAGUUGCUUUAGGUAGAGCUUGUGGUGUCUCUAGACCAGUUAUUGCUGCUUCUAUUACCACUAACGAUGCUUCUGCUAUCAAAACCCAAAUCUACGCCGUCAAGGACAAGAUUGAAACUUUGUUGAUUUAA